GUUUCCGGUUCAUCAGCCGACUCCGGAGAACCCUACCAAGAUUCGCACCUGCGUUGACUUAAGAGGCCAGAACAAGCUUCAGGUAGUGAAAGAGCGCAUGCGUCUCUUGGGUUCCCGCGCAUCCAUCGAACUAUCUUGCGCGUUAAUGUCCGAACAUGUGGAAUGGAAAAAACGACAUCUCAUUUUACAGAAUAAGAAAGACGUUAAAGAGG